GUGUGUCAAGAUGGCGGAUGGGAAGCGCAAGUGAAACACCACAGAAACCUUGCAUUUGCCUGCCAAAUUUCAAACUUUUAUAUGGAUAUUGGGUUUUUCUGAACUGUCAAUCACUAAACUAAUCAAAAAGCUCGGAGCCUUUCCAGUGAUUGGCCGCUCAGAAAAGCCCAAAUUCGAAUAAAAGUUUUAAUGUCAUAUCGAAAACUGCCUCGUGACUGUUUUGAAAAACAUAUUUCUCGUAUUCCAUGGAAACAUGCUCAGGGUGCCAAUGCGGUCAAACAAAACAGUAUACGAAYAGAAUUCUGGUUACAGGAGGUGCUGGAUUUAUAGGAUCCCAUGUAGUUAUCCUUCUAGUAGAGAGAUACCCAGACUAUUACGUAGUGAAUCUGGAUAAGUUAGACUAUUGCUCUAGUUUAAAAAAUCUUCAAAGAAUAAAUGACAGGCCGAAUUACAAAUUCAUAGAGGGCGACAUCUGUGAAGCAAACUAUCUUAGGUAUAUUUUUCAGUCAGAAGSGAUUGAUACUGUUUUUCARUUUGCUGCACAGUCUCAUGUAGACAACUCAUUCUGGAGCUCACUUGACUUUACUAAGAACAAUGUUUAUGGAACACAUGUUUUGCUAAAUGUUGCAUACAAUUCUAAAGUGAAGAGAUUUAUACAUGCCAGUACUGAUGAGAUAUAUGGCUCAGGACAUGAUAAGGGUAYCACUAAAUAUAAUGAAAUGUCUCCUUUGAGACCCAGCAACCCUUAUGCUGCUUCCAAAGCAGCUGCAGAAUGCAUUGUGAUGUCAUACUUGAAAAGUUUCAAGCUCCCUGUAAUUAUUACAAGAAGUAACAACGUAUAUGGUCCACAUCAGUAUCCAGAAAAGGUCAUUCCAAAGUUUAUUGCCCUUUUGAGACAAAAUCAGAAAUGCUGUAUCCAUGGAGAUGGCUUACAAGCAAGGAACUUCCUUCAUGUAGCAGAUGUUGCUGAAGCAUUUAUACAGAUUCUCCACACAGGAGAAUGUGGUGAGACCUACAACAUUGGCAGUGAUUUUGAAAUAAACAUACUUGAGCUUGCUAGAACUCUAAUAAAAAAGAUAAAAGGUGAAGAGACUGAGGAAGGGAUUCAAAGUCAUAUACAGUUUGUCCAAGACAGGCCUUUCAAUGAUAAGCGGUAUCCUAUGGAUUCUUCAAAACUGAAAGCACUAGGUUGGCAGCCUAAUAUGUCAUGGGAAGAAGGACUCAAAGCUACAUUGGAUUGGUAUUCUGAGAAUUUCUACAACUGGCCAUCAGCAGACCAGGCCCUGACAGCAUUCCCUAAUGGCUUCAAGACAAGUACUGUGAAUACUGAUGGUGGAGAGCAACUGGUAAAACCACUGUGCACUCCCAAUGACGUUGAUAAGCCAAAUGGAAAUCAUUGAUCAAGAAAGACUUUUAUUCUGGGAUAUUUGCAUUUUAAGUAUAUUACUAGUAAUCGAGUAUAAGAUAUUUAAGAAAAUAUUUUUGAAAUAUUUAUUAAACAAAUAAGAAACUAAAAAGCAAUUUAUGUAAAUAUCAAUUCUGUCUGCAUUUUUGGUAAUGCUUCAGUUUUGUGAUUCUGUUAUGUAUAUUUUAAACAAUAUAUUGUCAUACAAUUUGAUAAUAAUCACACUGAACUAAAGCUUAAUUUAUUUAGAUGUGUUAUCAUUGACAUAAAUAAUCAUUGCUCAUUUACUUGCUUCUGUUUUCAAGUUCUCGUUAUUCACUGAAUCGUCACUUGCCUUAGGCAAUAUUCAAAAAUUUCAAUUUAACUAGAAGCUAUAAAUUARUAUUAAUACUAUAUAAAAAUUAAAUAGGAAUGACUUAUGCCUAGUUUUAUUUUUAUGUAACAACMCUCUAAUGAAUAAAUUAAAUAAAUCUUACACGUAUAAUA